UGUCAGCCCUUGGGUUCUGUGUGGGAUAAAAACUUUUCGCGCACCUCCCGAACAUUUCAUUUAAUAAAAAAAAAGAACCACGCAAAACCGCAGCGCUGCUGGCUGGAAGGAGCGAGAGACUCGGCUGAGCACCACAGGCAAAGCGGACGACGCCUCUGGAGAAGGAUUACAUACAUAUUUUUCCUCCCUCUUUGUAGGGAAGGGGCGAGAUUCACCUUGCGCUUUUUUUUCUUUCCCCCUUGCCACAUCCGCAAGAAAGGAUCAUUUCUUCUCCCGAAGGGUUUCCCCGCCACGUGAGGACCUGCCAACCCGUCUGGAGACAAAGGAUACAAUUUUCCGCUUUGGGGAGAAAUUUCCUGAAAGGGUGUUUUUUUAUUUCGUUUUCGGGAGCGAUUCGGCGGAGAAGGCGGCGUCUCCUGGCGGAUUUUGGUAAUCGAAUGGACCACCAACCCACCCCCAGAAGCUGCAGCCGGGGGCCUCCAGCCUGCGACGCCGUCCAGAGCGAGCCGUCCAUGAAUGUGCUCGUUCACACGACCACCGGGGCCCGGUAUGAGCUGUCUGUGCCCGUGGAAGAGACGGUGGAAGGUCUGAAGCGGCGCUUGUCCCAGAGGCUGAAGGUCCCGCGGGAGAGGCUGGCGCUGCUGCACAAAGAAAGUCGACUUAAUUCGGGCAAACUUCAAGAUCUGGGCGUUGGAGACGGGAGCAAGUUGACUCUGGUGCCAACGGUGGAAACUGGCUUAAUGUCGCAAGCAUCCAGACCGGAGCAGUCCGUAAUGCAAGCGUUGGAAAGUUUAACAGAAACUCAGGUAAACGACUUCCUGUCUGGAAGAUCUCCUCUCACCUUGGCCCUUCGCGUCGGGGACCAUAUGAUGUUCGUGCAGCUGCAACUGGCGGCCCAGCAGAACGGCGGACAGCUGCAGCACCGCCACCUCAUCGCCAGCCGCGGCGAGCCCCCGGCCGCUGCGCCCCCGGCCGGCUCUGACUGCCCCGCUCUCCACGGGGGCGCCCACGCCCCCCACUUCGCCCGGGUCCCCGCCCCGCCCGCUUGCCAGGAAAGCCCCGCCUCCCCGUCGCAGGCCCCGCCCACGUACUGUAGCUCCGCCCACCCGACGCCCGUCACCGCCGGUAUGUUCCGCUCGCAUGGGGCCCAAGCGAGCGGCGGCGCAGGGAGCGCUUCGUCGUGUUCGGAGGUCGAUUGCGCCACGCGGAGCAAACCUUCGCCCAGUGCCAGCCCCGUGCAGCCUUCCCGACCCCGCAAACCCGGCGCUGUGAUCGAAAGCUUCGUGAACCACGCUCCGGGUGUCUUUUCGGGGACGUUUUCUGGCACUUUGCACCCGAAUUGCCAGGACAGCAGCGGGCGGCCCCGGCGGGACAUCGGCACCAUCUUGCAGAUCCUCAACGACCUGUUGAGCGCCACGCGGCACUACCAGGGCAUGCCCCAGUCCCUGACGCAGCUGCGGUGCCAAACACAGUGCUCGCUUUCCUCGACUUCUUCGUCGCCGCCCCAAUCCCCGGAUCUCGCCAGCAACACUACCUCAGAGAAAAUCGCAGCAGCUGCUAGCCAGUCCUUACACUUGGGGGCCAGCCAAGUGGCAGCGUCUAAGCCUUCCGGCGACCGGUUGCGGCAGACGGAGAACCGCGCCACCCGCUGCAAAGUGGAACGCCUGCAGCUUCUGAUGCAGCAGAAGCGGUUGCGCCGAAAAGCUCGCCGCGAUGCCCGCGCCCCGUACCACUGGCUCCCCAACCGCAAGUCCAGUCGCACAAACAGCAACAGUAGCAUGUCGAGCGAAGGGAGCCUUGACCUCGACUUCGAAGACUCUGUGUGGAAACCGGAAGUCAAAGCGGACAUGAAAUCCGAAUUUGUUGUAGCAUAAAAGGAAAAACAAAAAACCAAGACCGCAGGGAGGGGAGGACGAAGAGACCGAAGUUUUUUUGGGGGGGUGGGAGGGGGUGUCGAACGGGAAUCCGGAGGUGGGGAGAAAAGACCAUUUAGUAAUAAUUAAUAAUACGGUUUUUGGGUCCGUGCGAGCAAAGUCCUUGGGUGCUUUGAUCCUUUUAGAAAAAAAGAUACACACACACACGAAAAAACAACACUUAUUGGAUCGCGGCGGACGGACCAGCCCUACGGAAAUCUCCAUAGGCAGAUUGGAACAGUAUUUUCUAUUCUUUUCGAAGCUCUUCUUUUUUUGUUUUGAGAACUGAAGCGGCUUGGGACGGAGCGAGAAAGAGACUUUGCUUCCCAAAAGUGGACUUGAAAGGAACUUUUUAUUUUUUAAAAAUUCGGUUUUCUCUCUCUCUCGGGUGUGUAUGUGUGUGUUUUCCCCCUCGUUUUCAUUUCGCGGUUCUUUUUUUUUAUGAAAAGGAUGAGGAUCCUUCGAAGAGCUAGCUGCCUUAGACCCACGAGUGGAAGAGAAGACUGACCCCAACCAGGGAGGAGGAAAAAAAGAAAAAACAGUGAAGGGAGCUGGACUUUGAGAUGUGCGGAAACCCCGGAGGACUUUACAAACCUCUUGGUUUUCCUGGUUUCGUUAAUUUCGGGGAAAGUUGGGGGGGGGAGAGGACGAACCCUUGUUUUUGGGUAUGUGUCGAAUGCUCCUCGCUUGCCUAUGGAAUUGGUUGUACCUGCCGAAAAAUUGGAGACUGUUUCGUUCCUUAAAAAAACAAACAAAUACUGAAAGCUUCCCCCUUUUUUAUUUUAAAGUUCAUCUCUCUUCUGAAUGGAUUUGGUGGUUUCUGUGUUAACGGGGAGAGCUGUGCAUUUGUCAGGAGGAGAGGAGGGGAGGGCCCAGAUUCUGGAUUUUUUUUGGGGGGGGAGGGUUGGUUAUUAUUAUUUUUUUAAGAGGAUGUGUGCAUGUACGUGUGUCUCUUGUCUCUCUUCCUCUCCCCCCCUGUCCCGCAUCCUUAAAUAAUAUAGCAUUUCGGACCCCCCCCCAAAGCGUUUGUCCUCCCCCCCCCCCAACCAUCCAGUCUGCAUUUCCAGAAACCUCCCGUGCACUUUAGAGGUGUGAAUUGUGAAGUGGUAGAAGCCUGGGGUAUUUUUUCAUAUUAUUUUUUAAAAACAUGAUCGGGGCAGGGAGAACGCCCGUCUUGACCUCAUCCUGGCUUCCUUUUCCCCUCUUGAGAGUUUCCUGUUUUGUAUUUUUUUGCAUUUUUUUUUUAAUUGCGUGCAUUAAAAAUUAGAGGCCGCUGGGCGUUUUCUUUCCAUUCCUUUAUCGAUGGAAGAUAAGUGUGAAAGGCGAGAGAUCUCUCCCUAGACCCAACCCUCUGGGGGGGGGUCAGAGGAACCUCAGAACCGUUGGUCAGUGUCGUCCAAAGCCCCUUCCUCGCCAGCGGCUUUCCAUUUACACUCAAAACACUCCGCCACCAUCCUCUAUAGCUCCUUCUCGUGGUACUGUCAUCUCCGGUGACUUCCAACGCUCUGGGCUGCCGACCCAAUUCCUUCCCCAUUUGAAGAUGUGCCCGGGAUAUUAGCUUGGCAGCACCCAGAACUAUAAUCCGGAAUAACCCCCGGAACAAUAAUUCGGAAUAUCCGCUUUCCACCAUGCGGCAGAAGCGCCGCCUCCCUCCGUAGACAGAACCGCGGUUCCGCACACAUCCGAGCGGAAAUCGAAAACAUAACCUCCCUGUUGUAGAGACCAAUAUUAUUAUUAUUUUUUCAGGAUCUCCUCCCCCUAAAAUCAGAUUCUUCUCUGUGUGUGUGUUUGUGUGUGCGUGCGCGCUUUUCGAAAUAAAGAUUUAGUGACAUAAAA